AUGGCUGCAACUCAGAAAGCUCUUAUUAUCCAGGAGGGAAAUGUCGGAAAGGUCGUAACCGACGCAUCUAUUCCCAAAGUGCGCCCCGGCUACGUCAAGGUUAAGACAGUAGCUGUUGCUCUAAACCCUACCGACUGGAAGCACAUUGAUGGUGUUGGAAUUGCCGGCAGCCUAGUUGGUUGCGACUAUUCAGGUAUUGUUGAGGAAUUAGGACCCGACGUCACAAACUUCAAAGUCGGCGACAAGAUCGCAGGCUUCGUCUCCGGCGCCAAUGCGAGCAACGCAGAAGAUGGUGCUUUCGCCGAACACAUCGUAGCGAAAGCAGCUCUUGCCAUCAAGGUCCCAGACACCAUCACCAUGGAACAGGCGUCGACGCUAGGUGUGGGCAUCAGCACAGUCGGCCAAGCCCUCUACCAAUCGCUAGGCCUUCCUUUACCCACCGAGCCGGCUAAGAAGCCCUUCCCGGUCCUUAUCUACGGAGGUAGCACUGCAACUGGAACGCUAGCAGUCCAAUUCGCCAAAUUAUCCGGUCUGCAGGUCAUCACGACAUCCUCGCCCCACAACUUCGAUCUCCUAAAGAGCCUAGGCGCAGACGCGACCUUCGACUACAAGUCCCCGACCGUCGGUGCGGAUAUCCGCGCCUUCACCAACGACAGCCUAGAAUACGUAUUCGACUGCAUCGCAGAGGGUUCCGCACCCGAGAUCUCAGCGCAGGCGCUUAGUUCCAAGGGCGGCAAGUACAGCUCUCUACUAACCGUCGAGAACUUCCCCCGCGACGACGUCACCAAGCUCCAGACCCUGGCGUACACGGCGACCGGAGAGACGUUCGUCAAGCUGGGACACACGUUCACGGCGAACCCCGCAGACCUCGAGUUCGGCACCAAGUUCUGGAAGCUGGCGGGCGAGCUGAUAGCCCAAGGCAAGGUUAAGCCGCACCCGGCGGAUAUUCGCGAGGGCGGCUUGGACCGUAUCCUCGAGGGUCUGGAUGAUCUGCGACAGGGACGGGUUACUGGAAAGAAGAUCGUUUAUAAGAUCUGA